AUGAUUUAUAUUGCAUUUUGCUUAAAGAUUAACACUGUCUACACUGUUUUUCUCCCAAUUGCAAUAUUAUUCAAGUCGCUAAAACUAGAGCUUAUAUAUUGUAAGAUGAAAAAGUCAACUGGUAAGACAUAUGCUUCUAGCCAGGAGGACAGUGAGAAUGAUAGUGAUGUAACUGAAUGCAGCAUCGGAAGUAAUUCUACCGCUGGCACUCAUCGCAGCGAUACACCUACUCGAAGCGCUCGUUACAGACGAAAAGGUCGUCGCAGAAGUAAAACAGCCAAAUACAAACCUUCUACAGACAAGCCAUUGUACAAAUAUUGCUGUAAUGUUAAGGAGGAUCACGGGCAACCAUUAUUUGGUGUGCAAUUUAAUUAUCAUUUAAAAGAGGGCGAGCCGUUGAUAUUCGCUUCCGUAGGUAGUAAUCGUGUGAGCAUUUACGAGUGCCCGCAAAGCGGAAAUAUACGACUGCAGCAGUGUUAUGCCGAUCCCGAUACGGAGGAAAAUUUUUACACCUGCGCUUGGACGUACGAUGACUCCGGGAAACCUUUAUUAUCUGUGGCCGGAUCACGCGGAGUCAUACGAAUUAUUAGUCCCGCGACAAUGACCUGCAUCAAGCACUAUAUUGGUCAUGGACAUGCGAUAAACGAACUGAAGAUUCAUCCGAAGGAUCCAAAUAUAUUGCUGUCUGCAUCGAAGGAUCACGCUUUAAGAUUAUGGAACAUCAAGACGGACGUAUGCAUCGCGAUUUUUGGUGGCGUGGAGGGCCACCGUGACGAAGUAUUGAGCGCCGAUUUCGACAUACGAGGUCAACGAAUUAUUUCGUGCGGGAUGGAUCACGCUCUUAAGCUAUGGUCUCUAAUCAAACCGGACAUGCAGGAGGCGAUAAAGCAAUCCUAUCACUGCAACCCCAGUCGUAACGGCAGACCUUUCGACUCGAUACUCCAACAUUUUCCAGACUUUACCACACGCGACGUUCAUCGAAACUAUGUCGAUUGCGUGAAAUGGUUCGGCGAUUUUAUCCUCAGCAAAUCUUGCGAGAACUGCAUUGUGUGUUGGAAACCUGGUAGACUCGAGGAUUCGCAAUUGCGUAACGGAGAAACGAGCGCGACGGUCAUGCAUCGUUUUGAGUUUAAGGAAUGCGAUAUUUGGUUUAUACGUUUCUCCAUGGAUUUCUGGCAACGUACAAUCGCGUUAGGUAAUCAGGUCGGUCGCACUUACGUUUGGGAUUUGGACAUGGAAGAACCUGGGCAAGCGCGCUGCUGGUCUCUUCAACAUCCUCGUUGCACUGCACCAAUCCGCCAAACUAGCUUAAGCCGAGACGGUUCCGUAUUAUUGUGCGUCUGCGAUGACGCGACUAUUUGGAGAUGGAAUCGCGAUCAUUAAUCAUCAAAUUUAUUUUAUUCAUUUUAUGACAAAGAAGACGUGCCUUUGCAUGUACAUAUUUGCAAUAAUUUGAAUCUGAAGUCGAGUUAACUGAUUAUUUAUAGAGAUUAAAAAUUUCUUAACAAACGUAUCGAUAAUACAUAUACACACAUUCGAUAAAUUGGAUCCUUGAUGAAUAUGUGAAAGUUUUAAUAUUUAUAAUAUGUUUCAAUUUUGGUGGUUAACUUAGCUAUUGUAAUUUUAUAGUGAAAAAUCGCAGUUAUAUAAAUUAUGAAAAUAGAUUUAGGUUUUUUAGUUGUGUAAAUGAAUGAGAUUAUAAGAUAGAUAAAUUGUUUAUGUAUUUUGUAAUAUUACAUUUGAUAUAUUUAUACAAAGAGCUAUGAAUUUCUAUAGCUUGCACAUAUUUUAUAUGAACUGUCCUAGAUUGACAUUUGUGCUUGCAUGUAAACUGCCAUUAGUAAACUCUUUUUGCAUCAAACAUGAUAUAAUUUCAAUGAACAUUAUAUCGUAUAUAGUGAAAGGAGAGAGCCCAGUAUAAAGAUAGCAAGCUCAGCUUAGACAUUGACAAGAUAUUUCUUUGAUGUAAUAAUUUACAAUAUAUAAUAAUAUGUAACAGGAUUUAUUAAUUUCUUCGUGUGCGCGUUUGGAAGAGAAUCAGUAAUUAAUCACUAACCAUAUGUUGGCACCAUCAGGAUUUACACGUUGAGAAUUGCCAUUCGCUUAUA